AUGCUGUGGAUUUUCUUUUUAUUUCAUUCCAGAUUUCUGAUUGUCUUGGGGUGUUUGAUCUUAGCUGUCCUGACCACUUUCAAGGAGUAUGAAACUGUUUCAGGAGACUGGCUUCUCUUGCUGGAAACUUUUGCCAUUUUCAUCUUUGGAGCAGAGUUUGCCUUAAGAAUCUGGGCUGCUGGGUGUUGCUGUCGCUACAAAGGAUGGAGGGGGAGACUCAAAUUUGCCAGGAAGCCUUUGUGUAUGCUAGAUAUCUUUGUGCUGAUUGCUUCAGUGCCGGUGGUUGCUGUUGGGAACCAGGGCAAUGUUCUGGCCACAUCUCUCAGAAGCCUCCGCUUCCUUCAGAUCCUACGGAUGCUCCGAAUGGACAGGCGGGGCGGCACAUGGAAACUUUUGGGAUCGGCCAUUUGUGCACAUAGCAAAGAACUCAUCACUGCUUGGUACAUCGGGUUCCUGACGCUCAUCCUGUCCUCAUUUCUUGUUUAUCUGGUUGAAAAAGAUGUUCCUGAAAAGGAUGCUAAUGGGGUGGAGAUGAAGGAAGAGUUUGAAACCUAUGCAGAUGCACUGUGGUGGGGGCUGAUCACCCUCGCUACGAUUGGAUAUGGCGACAAGACCCCCAAAACAUGGGAGGGACGGCUGAUUGCAGCUACAUUCUCUCUCAUUGGAGUGUCUUUCUUUGCUCUUCCUGCAGGCAUUUUGGGCUCAGGGCUGGCACUGAAGGUCCAGGAGCAACAUCGUCAAAAACAUUUUGAGAAAAGAAGAAAGCCAGCAGCUGAACUCAUUCAGGCUGCCUGGAGAUAUUAUGCUACUAACCCCAACAGGAUUGAUCUAGUUGCUACCUGGAGGUUUUAUGAAUCAAUUGUGUCAUUUCCGUUUUUCAGGAAAGAGCAAUUGGAUGGUACUGCCAGCCAAAAGCUGGGUCUCUUGGAUCGGGUUCGUGGUACCAAUACUAAAGGAAAGCUAUUUACCCCUCUGAAUGUAGAUGCCAUUGAAGAAAGUCCUUCAAAAGAGCCUAAGAAUGUUGUCUUGAAUAAUAAGGAGCGUUUUCGCACUGCAUUCCGAAUGAAAGCGUACGCUUUUUGGCAAAGCUCAGAAGAUGCAGGAACAGGAGAACCCAUGACAGAAGAGAGAGGUGACAGUAGUGAUUUCCUUAUGGAAGAUAUGAUCCCCACAUUCAAGACAGCCAUCCGAGCUGUCAGAAUACUGCAGUUUCGUCUCUAUAAAAAAAAAUUCAAGGAGACUUUGAGGCCUUAUGAUGUAAAGGAUGUGAUAGAGCAAUACUCAGCAGGGCAUCUUGAUAUGCUUUCCAGAAUAAAAUAUCUUCAGGCAAGAGUAGAUAUGAUUUUUACACCUGGACCUCCAUCUACUCCCAAGCAUAAGAAAUCCCAAAAGGGAGGAGCUUUUUCUUACCCUUCACAACAGUCUCCCAGAAAUGAUUCAUAUGUAGCCAAAGCAUCUACAGCAGAUACUGAAGACCAAAGUAUGAUGGGCAAAUUUGUUAAAGUUGAACGACAGGUUAAUGACAUGGGGAAGAAACUGGAUUUUCUUGUCGAUAUGCAUAUGCAUCAUAUGGAACAGCUGCAAAUACAAGUCGCUGAGAUAAGUCCAUUGAAAGAAACUGCUUCUCCUGCAAAGGAGAAGAGAGAAGAAAACAAAUAUUCUGAAUUAAAAACAAUAAUCUAUAAAUACACUGAGCAGUGUGCCCAUGAAACUCCUUACAACUUCCAGCAGGUUCCAGUCAACAAAGUCAGUCCUUAUGGUUUCUCUGCACAUGGUCAUAUGACUCAUUCACAACCUUUGUCGACAGGUGGGCAAAACUCUGGCAAACUGCAAGCCACACAUUCCUCAACUUCAUAUGCAGAAAGGCCAACAGUUUUGCCUAUAUUUACAUUAAUGGACUCCCAGGUUAGCUACCACUCUCAAGGAGACCUACAAAGCCCUUACUCAGAUAAGAUGUCUUCAAGGCAGAGAAGGAGCUUAACAAGAGACAGCGAUACUCCAUUAUCCCUUCUCUCUGUCAACCAUGAGGAACUUGAGCGCUCCCCAAGUGGCUUCAGUAUCUCCCAAGACAGAGACGACUUCCCGUUUGGCCCCAGUGGGGGAUCGGCGUGGAUGAGAGAGAAACGCUACCUAGCAGAGGGGGAAACGGACACAGACACUGACCCUUUUACACCAAGUGGCUCCAUGCCUUUGUCUUCUACAGGAGAUGGGAUUUCAGAUUCAAUAUGGACCCCUUCGAAUAAGCCAGUUUAAAAACGCGUGUGGGGGCAGUCACUGGUUGACUUCUCCAUGUAAUGUAAGCAUACUUUGUAUAUCUCACUUACUCUACACUCAAAGCUUACUAGUUCAAAACACCAAUGGCUGCAUAAGAUGCAUGUGAUAUUAGUGGUAGUCAUUCUGCACCAUUUCAUACAAUUUACUAAUGCAGUUUUUUUCAUGCUACCAAAACUAAGGAGCUUAGUUUUGAGCAUGGUUUGCAUGACUUUACCCUAUAUAAAUGGUACAGCUGAUUUCUUCUAUGAUACAUAUCUAUCUGAUGCUCUUCAAUACAACAAUGGUGAAUUGAUAACAGGCAAGAUAUGGUGGUCCUUGCUACAUUUUGUAAACAGAGCAGCAAAGUAAAAAUAUUUUCAGGA